UGAGGUUAAAAAGGGUUGAAUAUUGUUAGAAGCGCCAAUGGACAAUGAAAUGAGGUGAGUUUAUGCAUGACCUUAAAAUAGAAUCAAGAUAUUAACAUGAAGAGAUAAUACACGUACAUAAUAAUUGUCUCAGUUGCUGAGACCAACCGAGCGGUGAAAGUACGCGAGUUCAUUCACCAAACGACCCUGUUAGCUGCCAAUCGUUCCUCCAUGUUUGAUUCUUAGAACCAGUUGAAAGGUGACAAACCUUGAUCUCCGUAUCUUAUAAUUAUUGGAAAUAUUAAAACAACCGAUAUUUGCAUUCUUUCCUGACUGUGUUUGUUAUAGGCCCCCCCCUUUUUUUGCAGUCUAAAAUACUAGUUCUAUUCCCAUCGAAGGUUAUUUUUAUCAAUGUAAACCACAAAGGCCACCCUAACCUGUGAAUAGCUCUGCGGAGAGUACAGGGGUGAGGUUAGUCCAACUCAUAGUUCAAAGUACACCACAAAGCUUGCACAAUUGUUGUCUCAAUGCUGAGUUCUCUAGCCAGCAUUAGCGACAGUUUGCCACUUGUUCAAUAUUCUUCUCUUGAUCUGACACCCUCAGCACCUGAUGACUAACGAAAGAUUUUGACGAUUCUAGUGUUUCAUCUUUUUUCUGUGGCCAUUCUUUCAGGGCCAAUAGUUUGUUUGUGGGAAAUUUAUCUUUCACAGGCUUUUUCUAUGUUUGUUUACAUUCCACAUUAAUUUUGGCUCCAUGAUGCUGAUUGGCCAAAAUUUGAUAGCUCAGUCGUCAGGGAGCCACAUGGGGCACUGGAGGCAGAAUUUACAUCCUUGAGACUUGACUGCAAAAGUGUUCUCCAGAGAGCUUGCUCGCAAGCUAAGGCUACCCUGUAAUCUACAUGUAGUCCCCAGAUCUCACUGAGGCUAUCCUGUAAUCUAGUGCCCAGAUCUCACUGUUAUACCCCAGUAAACAGAGCACGGAACUGAUCUACUUGGCAUUUGAUCUUGGAUCAGUUUCACCACUUGCCCCUCCUGGGACCGAGGUUCAAAAUAAAUAAAAAAAAACUAUGGCUAAGCUAAUUAUUAAGUGAAAGUAUCUAGAGACGAGAGAGGCAAGCUUAGUCUCCCUUAUAGCCAUUUUUGUCGUGUCACGCAAUGCUCAUUCCUCCUCCUCCUUUUUGUGGAGGAGCAUUGUGUGACAACAUAAAAGAAAAACUGUUACACAGGAGACUAGGGCAAGCUCAAUCAAUCAAUCAAUCAAUCAAUCAAUCAAUCAAUCAAUCAAUCAAUCAAUCAAUCAAUCAACAAAAGUGGAUUUCCAGGUUGAGCAUAGGCAAACAUUCACUACAAACAAAUAGAAUUCAGUAUGACGGUGUUUUCACAAAAGUUACAAAAUUCAGAGAAAAAUUUAUUGCGUAAAAACCUAAAGAAUAUAGCUAGUUUUACAAUAUUAUUAUGUUGGUGGGAGUUUUGAAGAGUAAUUAGUAUAAAUUUAAAAUAUACACACAUAAAAAUUAAUGAAUCAGAGCGAUUCAGCAGAAGGCAAAGAGGGCAAGUUUGCUUUUAAAAGCAAUUGUGCUGUUUUUGUCUCAUAAGAAAGAUUAUUCCGGAGCAUUGCACCCCUAUCCUUAAAACUACAUAAGGGGAAAUUAGUCUAUUGUCCUUGGAAGAGUAGAUUAGUUUCAAGAUUCCUAAGAUUAUAGUUGAUGUUAGUAUAAUUAUUGAGUUUUAAAAUGAAGGCUCUCAAAUGUGGGGCAGAUUGAUCAUUGAGGAUUUUGUACAUUAAGGGUAAGCCUUUAUAAUUAUGUGAAUGCCUGGUUUCAAGGUUGCAUAACUGAUCUAAUGUCAUAUGAACACCAGUAAUGACCAUACUUGCACAGUUUUGGAUUUUUUGCAAUUUAUCUUUCAGUUGCUUUCCACAAGUAUCCCAUAAGGGGGAACAGUAAUCAAAGUAAGGUUACCCUUACCAAAACCACAUAUAUGUUACAUAUAGUGCCUACAUAUAUAUGUGACAUAUAUGUGACAUAUAUGUGAAAUAUAUAACACAUAUAUGUGACAUAUAUGUGUCAUAUAUAACACAUGUAUGUUACAUAUAUGUCAAAUGUAGGUAUUUGGAACCCAUUUGCAGUUACUUACAUAUAUGUCACACAUAUGUAGAUAUAUGUGACAUAUAUGUAGUUAAUAGCAUUGCAUAUACAGGGCAAAUAUAUGUCACAUAUAUGUGGCAUAUAUUUGAAAAAAAAAUUGAUUAGGUACAUACCAGCUAAGCGCCUGCUGUACUUUGAAGUUAAUUGUUAUAGAUAUACAUGUAGUACUUAUAUAUAUCUGCUGAUAUCUUACAUCUUCAAUAAAUAUAUUACACCUUUUUUUUUUUUUCAUUGAAAUAAUUGUAUUCUGGUCAUAAAUUCUUCAUAUACACUAGCUGUCUUAAAACUGAAAACUUAUAUAAUUCUUACAGACUAGUUACCAUUAUCACACGACAGACCAUUUCAGACAGUCCAACUUCAGUGUGAUGCACAUCAAUCAAAGGAAGCUGUUGACACUGUUUUUCAAAUUCAGAUUGCAUUUCGAACAAUUUGGCCAAAAAAAGAAGCAGUAAAAAUUAACAAAUAAGCAGAUUGAAGAUUUCAAUCAACAUGAUAAAAAUUGUCAUUGUAUUACAACUUAUUUAGACUGCCAUUCACAUGUUUGUUACCAAUUCCAACAACAAUCUGAUUAUCGAUAAUAAGAGGAUUCAACACACACGCAUGUACAUGCAUACAUAUAUAUAAGAAAAUAAUAUGUGUUCUUGUAUCUUCUAAAAAAAUCAUUUUGUCUUUGAUAUCCCCCUCCUGCUUGCAGUGCACUUGUCUUGGAUUGUUUUUCUCACUUUGGAGAUGACAUUCCCAUCCUUGAACUGGGAUUGAACAAAUGCUGUAGAUUGAGAAGGAUUUAAAGCAAUCACACAACUGCCAAAGCUUAAUAUUAAAUGCUAUAUAUAGUAGAUGUGUUACACAUGUUUAUAACCUGCAUGAACACAUGAUUAGGACCCCCCUUGUUUUCACCAGAACCGAAAUUAAACUAACCAAAGAAAGCAUGUCUUGUAUAAUAAUUAUUAGGAUUAUAUGUAAUAUUCUCAUUGAUUCAGUAAAAUCAAAACAAUAACUGAUGCCAUGAAAAUUAAAGCUCAUAAUGUCAUAGCGGUACAGGAGUUUACAUCAAAGAGUAGCAUAUCAUUUCCAUAAUGAACUGAGAGGGGUUGUUUUACUUUAGGGAAGGAGGGAGGAGAAUCAAUAUUCAUUUCUUCUUCAACAAAUACAGUUUGCUACUAUAUAAAAGAGCUUAAUUAAUAGAUGAUUUAUACACUGAAUGCAAAUAUGGCCGUCAGGCCUUUUUUUUGUUUAGCCAAGUUUUCAUAGAAAUUAUAAUGAUUUCACGUGAACAAGUGCCUCUAAGUAUAUCAUCUUAAAAAAUUUGAGCUGCAAAGUUAUGGCUGACUGAAAUUAUAAACAUUUGUGUGGGAAAAGAUAGUCUAUAUCCUCACUAGCCUCGCUUUCAUGUUUUUUUCCCAAAAUGUGAGUGCCAAUACCUUCUUCUUAAAUAAGAACAUGGCCCUGAAAAUACGCACAAUGACUUAUUUUGACCUGAUCUUUAUCAUUAUCCAAUUGCUUUUCUUUUCUUGAAAACCUGCCCAGACCAAAAAUUCUUGGAUGGCCAUAUUUGCAUUUGGUGUAUGGUAUACAUGCAGUCAACUCUCUCAAAGCAGACACCAAAUGUAAGGCAAACAUAUCUCUAAGACAGACGUGGUUGGCUAGUAAGGUGGACAGCUAGAGCUAGUCCAAUGGGUGUCCACCUUAAAGAGAUUUCAUUGUGCAAUAAUAAAAGCUGGUUUUUUUCCCAUGAAUCAAGCAUAAUACAUGCACGAAAAACAAGUAGGACAAGUAAUGCAAUCAAAGAGCAUACAUGUACCUGUGAUGGCUUUAAUGAUUUGAGGGCACAGCUGUCUGUAGCCCAAGUUGCCCCCUCCUGCCAAGUUUGAAAUCAUUAAAGUUUUUUUGUCAAACAUGACGUCAAUCAAGUAUGCUGUCAUAGUGCCCACUGAUUUUCCUUCUGCCAAUGCAUUCAGUCGUUGGGUCGGGUACCAGAAAACCCCACUCCCUAUGGCCAUUUCUUCCAUCUAAGUAAAAGAGAUACAAUAAAUGAGUGAAAUGUACAGUGAAAUGUUCACAUCUGUACCUUGAAUUCUUCUUCAAGUUUAAUAACAAAACCCCAACUUUGGAUGAAGAACAGAAAAAUUUAACGCACCUAUUUAAAGUCUCCCUCACAGAGAAUUACAUUUCUUCUGGAUGACCUAUCAGGGCUGGAUUCAUGAAGCCCACCUAAACUAAGACAUAUCCUAAGCAUUGUUUAUUAACAAUAGUCUAUUGUGGUUACGACAAUAGACUAUUGUUAAUAAACAAUGUUUAGGAUUUGUCUUAGUUUAGAGGGCUUCAUGAAUCCGGCCCCAGAAUGUUAAACUUAUUACCAAUAACAUUGUGACUUCAUAUCAAGCAGAUGCACCCUUAGUAUUUAGGGAACACUAGGUUUGUAGGUUGUACAUGUAGGGUGCUUGAAAUAAACAACAAAUACAUCUGGUAAAACAGCUGCCCUCAAAUAUACAAUUGAACAUUAAACUAGGAGUGCUUGUUAUUUAAAGCAUGCAUGUACAGGCAUGUGUACCUUGUGUUUUGAUGCAAUUACUGGAGAAAUGACUCCAGCAAGUGGUUUGUUAGUGUCUUCACUAUACUGAUCUGAAAGAAAUUAAACAAAACAGUCCUAUAAGAAUAGGUACCUGUACCAAUGAAUCAAAAACAUACAUACAUUACACAACCCUCCAUCAUUUUCAAUGACUGACAAUCAAGUAAAAAAAUAGUGAAUAAUAAUUAAAUUUUAAGUGUGCCAAUUAACUGUUAUUUUUGUAGGAUAAAAAUGUUUCUAGUGGCAGUUAUAUACAAAACAUGAUAACAAUAAACAGUAAUUCUAACCAUUCAAUUUCUGCUCUAAUUCCAAAACUUUCUGCUUCAGUGAGGCAUUUUCUUGUCUCAAGAGACGGCAUUCCUCUCGUCCACACUUGGAGAGGGCAGGCUGAGAUCCUAAAAGAAACAUAUAUUUGUAAUUAUAAGUACAAGUUUUAUGUUUAUAUUCAGUGAAGGUAAACUUGAUCUACACCUGCAUACAUGUGUGUUCAUUCAUUAUAUUCAUAACAGCUACAGUCAAACCUGUAUAAAGAAAAACACUCUCAGGACCCUCACCAAGUCUAUAUGCCUAUAUGAUGUUUGUUCUUUUGACACAACUCCAAGACCACAUUGCAUAUCAGGUAGAGCAAGUGCAAAAUGAAUAAAACCAUGACAUAUAACACAGACAAUUAAUGGACAGAUUGCUAGAUACCAUGCAUACUCACUUUGCUCUUGAUCAGUUUCAUAAAAAAAGCUUCCUUGAUCCCUUCUCUUUCCUUGAUAUUGGUACAACUUUAGAAGCACCUUGCAAAACAAAAUACAUGUAUGCAUGCAUCUGAAUAAAAUUUACUUCAUCAUUGGGAUCAUUAACUUGAGUGUAGAGUACCUUAAGUGUAACUUGAAUAAAAUUUACUUCAUCAUGGUAAUCUCUAGCUGUUGUUCUACUUCCUUUUAAAUUAUUGUUACAACUCCAAGACCACUUUGAAUAUCAAGUAGAAUAUAUGCAUGCAAAACAAAUAAAAUCAUGAAACAACAAUGGACAGACACUAUAGAUACUAUACUCACUUUGUCCUUGAGCUCCAUCUGUCAGAUUCCUUGAUCCCUUCUCCUUCCUUGAUAUUGGUACAACUUUAGAAGCACCUUGCAAAACAAAAUACAUGUAUGCAUGCAUCUGAAUAAAAUUUACUUCAUCAUUGGGAUCAUUAACUUGAGUGUAGAGUCACCUUAAGUGUAACUUGAAUAAAAUUUACUUCAUCAUGGUAAUCUCUAGCUGUUAAUUGUUCUACUUCCUUUUAAAUUAUUGUUGCAACUCCAAGACCACUUUGAAUAUCAAGUAGAAUAUGCAUGUAAAACAAAUAACAUCAUGAAACAACAAUGGACAGACACUAUAUAGAUACUAUACUCACUUUGUCCUUGAGCUCCAUCUGUCAGAUUCCUUGAUCCCUUCUCUUUCCUUGAUAUUGGUGCAACUUUUAGCAUCACCUUUCAAAAUAUACAUGUAUGCAUGCAUCUGAAUAAAAUUUCAUCAUUGGGAUAAAAGUGUAGAGUACCUUAAGUGUAACUUGGAAGGACCUUACAAGUGAUAACUGCAUGUACUAAUCAUUUUCACUUUUCUUGGUUGCUUUGAGUUAUAAUUAAGAAAUAGCUAAUUAGAUCACAUUAAAGCACAUUAUAUGUUAAAAGAACACAAGAAGGGCUUGUCAAUGAUGAGUGCUUUGUUUGGUGAAGGUUGAGAUUUUGGUGGCAUAUUUUCCUUAAACCAUUCUGGUUCCUAAUUCUCAGUAAUAUGGAUAGUUUUGGAUUUGCAUGCAAAUUUGGAACAGAAAUCAGAAAAAAAAAAACAUAAGGUUCAUCUGUUCAGGUCAAGUAGUAGGAAUGCUAACUACAGGUUUUUCAACAGCCCAAAACUUAGACAUACCCUUCUGAAAAAGUUCCUUUAGCGGUGAGCGGUAUGGCACAGUAACUUCCAUUCCUACAAAAUCAUCAUCAGCAUGCAUCUCUUCAUCACCUGGGAAGUACUCAUCCUCACUGCUGUUUAACGGCUCACUCUCAGAAUCAACCAUUAUUAAGCUUCCAGAAUAUCCAAGGGAUGAGCUAUGUGACUGCUGGCUUGGAGAUACUUUGGCCUGUUGAAGACUACAUGCACGCUCGCUUUCAGAGUCACUCAGCUCUUCGGAACAUUCAUGGGAAGAGCUACUUAUUUGGUUUUUAAUUUGGAAUGUCUUUGCCUGCUGAAGCCUCUGCUUUAGCAGGGCUUCCUUUGCGGCUUUUGCCUUUGCGGCCUUUUUGGCCUUGGCCUCCAUAGAUAAUUUCUUCCUUUUUUUUUCUUCACAUUCGUCUUCACUUUUGUUUACUUCUGGAUCGGAUUCCGUCUUUCCUUUUUCUGUGCUAGACCAGACAUUUGUUCUCUUCCUUUUUCCUUUCCCCCCUUUGUCUACUUUGGCUUUUGUCUUAGUUGGCAAUUUUUUUUUCUUUUGAGUUCUUCUCUGCUGGACAUUUGUCAGAUACUCUAGAUCUGUAGGAUAGCAGACAUUUAAAAAGAAAACACUGAAGUCAGACAAAUGGAAGAAUAUCAUAGUUAUGUCAGAUGAAUUCUUGGGAGGCUUGAAAAGAUUGAGUGUCUUGUGUGGCAAACAGAAACAAGGGAAAUGCCAAUCAUUGCAGGAAUUGAUUAUGCAAAUGUCUAGAAAUAAUAUGUCAAAUUACAUUAAUUCAGUGCAACUAAAAAUUGACAUUCCACUACAUGGAAGCUCACUAAAAGAAAUACUUGACCUGUUUUGACUGUCAUGCAACAACUUUUUGCAAAUUAUACCCAUCAGUGUUAUGUAUACUUUUCCAGCUUAUAACACCAAAUUAAAGGCAAAUGAAAUCAAUGCCAUGUUGUUAUAAUAAUUAUAAUACAAAUACAAUGUACAGUGAACUAUAAAAUCCUACUUAGGAAGGCCCUUUGCUCCUUCCUCUCACCCUGGGAUUUAUCAGUUUGUGUUAAUGCAUGGCCAGGCCUUUAUUUUGUGAUGAUUUAAUUAGUCUUACCUCCAAUGUCCACAACAAAUGCAGGAUACCAGUCCUUGUGAUGGGCAUCCGUCCACAGUGCAUCACAAGAUGCUCCUUUUUCAAUUUUUUCACAGUUUCUAAUCUCAUCAGCACUGACUAUAUUUUUGAUGUUGUCAUCCUUGAAGACAACAAGGUAGUGGUCUACGAUAAAGAACAAAAUAUAAUAAGACACAUCAACGAUAUUAUAAUCAAUUAAUGGCACCAGACAAACCAGUUUGUAUGCUGCACACUAAAUAAUAAGAAUGCAAUCUUGAAGUUAACAUAUUGAAAUUUCGCAAAGAAUCUUGAAGUUGCUCUCAGCUUAUAUAGUGCAUGGUCAAGAGCUUUGAUCCUGAGCCAAAUAUCAAAGUUGAUCGAAAAGAAACUGAUCGUUGUUGUUUAAGAAUAAACCAGUUACUAAUCUAUCCAGAUCUAUCAAAGAUGGAAUGUAUAGCUAAAGAAUGAAUCAUGCAUUAUUUAUUACCUUGACAAUGAUAAAUGAAAAAUCGAGGGGUGAUCCGAAUUUCAAAAGUGCCAUCUAUACAAUUAAUCUAUCAAUCAAUAACCAGGCUAUGACCAGACUGUAAGCAGUCCCUCUUUUCUUUGCCGUCGAUUAUUAAUUGAGCAAGUCGAAGAUAUCAACAUCAGAUAGAAACGAGAAAGAAGCGAUUUUGACAGAUUUGGCGAACAGUUACAUUUGUAAAUGAACGCGGCAAUAUUGAAAUGAGUGGAACGAAAGCCUAAUUAAUGAUGAUCUUCGGAACGAAUUAAUCCUUGCACAAUAUCCGAAACAACUGAUAUCCUGGAAAAUUCUUAGAAAUUAUUGAGCAUGAAUGAAAAGUUCGAAAUAUAUAUGAGAUAUGAGGUGAACAUAUAACGAUAAAAUUAUGCAUCGUCUUAUUCAACCUCUGAAGAGGUUGAAAGGACUGAGCUGUACGUUGCACGUGUUCUGUCCCCAGCAUAUAUGCGACAUUCUUCCCAGCAUUUAAAACUACAAAAUUGAUUGCCAAGCUCCAUCGUAUAAUGCAAAAGCCUAAAUUUAUUUUAUUCAAGCAAAAGAUUGCAGUGUAUAUUUACUAGAAAGAGUUUAUAUAGGUCGUAGAAGCGUGUUUUUUAAACCGCGUUCAUUGAACCGCGAAACGCACGCCUGUAAUUUAAUUAAUUCCUAUAUAAGCAUGGGCCGAGCUCUCAAAAUCAUUGUUUUAGAACAAUAAUCUUAAUUUAGGCACUUACAAGAAUUACAUUUGGAAGUAAAAUGACUUACCAAGAUGAUCAGUGAAGCGAGAAGGUGCUUUUGUUUUCCUCAUAAUUGCAGAAAUCUACAAGCUGACAAAACCGAACUCGAUCCUCUUCAAAACGAACAACGAAAGGAACAACGAAAUGAACAAAUGAGCGCGAAAACGGCCUCUGUGAAGUUUUCGCGCUCAUUUUGUGUAGUCACGUGUUAGGUGUAAGCCAAUCAGCAGGGGAUUUUGAUAUGUAUUAGAUGCCAGUCCACUCUACCUGCAGUCUUUCCUGAGUUGACCAUGGAGUCGACGAAACGAAAGAAGAGAGGUCGAUACAACUCGCAUCGAAGAAACCCUGCUAUACCUAAGCCGAAAGCCACUGUUUCCCGACAUAACAGGCGAAAAGCAAACUUCUCAUCGGAUGAAGAUGAACAAAGAAAAAAACCGUGUUUCAAGCGAACUGUUGAUGUUGUUUUCGAAAAUAGUCAAGCAUCAUCGGACGAAUCGGAUUUAAACAUUACAAAUAUGUACUUGGCUUCAUGUUCUAGUUAUCAAGAUCUAGACCACGAAUUGUCAGACGUUUUGUCGGAAUCAACGCAUGAUGACGACAGUGUAGAAAAACUGGAUGCGAUUUGGAGUGAUAUCUCAGAAGACGAUCGAAGCUCCACAUCUUCAGAUGACGACCAAUUCUGUGCACGUGGAGACAGUUAUAAUCACAUCAGGAGUAAAUCGACUGAUGAAGAAGACCCUGUAUAUGUAUACCCUGGGUCGCCUCUUUUGUUGUCGGAAAGCAUUCUUUUGAUUCUUACUUUGGCUGUAGCUCACAAUCUGAAUGGAAGUUGUCUUUCAGACGUAAUUUCUUUGAUCAAUUUGCACUGCAUUCCUGGUCCACUCAACAAGUGUGUCAACUCACUCAGUGAGCUCAAGAGGUACUUUGCUGACUUCGAGCUUCCCAUAACAAAACACUUUUACUGCAGUUUUUGCUCUGAGUAUCUUGGUGUUUUAAGUGAUACUCCUGAUGUGUGCUCCAUUUGCAACAAUGAUGUGAGAGAUCCAAAGAAGAAGUCAUAUUUUGUCAUCCUUUCUGUCGAAAGUCAGCUAAACGAGCUUAUGCAAAGUAAGUAAGAAAAUAUAAUUUUAUAUGUUGCAGUUUAAAAUGAUCUUAUGUUAAAAUGAUUUCAAACUAGUUUGAUUUGUACUUUUCUUUGUCUUAGGAUUAUGGUAAUCAAUCUGGAACAAAAGAAAAUCAAAACUAACCAAGUUUGAAAUCAUUUUGACCUAAGAUUCAUUUCAAACUACAACAUAUACAACAGUGAUUGAUGUUAAAAUGGAAUAAAUAUAAAUACUGGCUUAACUACAGCAUCAUAUAUUUAGCCACUUUCGAUGCUUCCUGGGAUAAUAGCUAGAUAUAUAUAUCGCUUAAAAUAUGCAGUCACCCCUAUUGAAGUAUAAUAUUUCCAAAUAUUUGGUCCUAUAAUGGGCCAGUAAGAUCCAUGUGACAAAAAGUUUCAAAGUCUCUGAAAGUUAAGCCUAAAAUGAUGAUUUAGUUUUUAAAUGUAUAUGUAAAAAAAAAUAUUAUUGAGUCGGUUUUCACAUGAUAGCAAAAUUAUCAAGGUCUCGAUUUGUGUUACCCACCUUGGCUGUGGAAAUUCUUACUAUCUUACUCACCAUAUGUAUUUGAAUAAGUGCCCUGUGCGCUUCUUUAAUGUUAGGUCCUUUAAGGUCGAUGUUUAUUCAAGGUGGGCACUUAUUCUGAUAAAUGCAGAAACCUCAUCCUGUGGCAAUUGAGCUACAUCAAAUUAAUAGCUAUAAUCUGCUGGUGGUGUCGACUGACACUCAAAUCACAGUAUUUUGUGAUAAAAGAGUGCAGUGAUGUUUUAUCAUUCAACCAGUAAGCUUGAUUUUCUUUGUUGUAUUUUUUUGUCAUCUGAUAUUAGGAAGAGAAUUUCAGGAAGAUAUAAAGUACCGCUUUCUGCGAGAGAAGACAUCCCCUCACAACAUUGAGGAUGUAUAUGAUGGCCAUCUCUACAAGAAGCUGUUUGAAAAUAAUGGCCCACUUUCUCAGCCAGAGAACUUAUCCUUAAAGUUCAAUACAGAUGGUGUUUCUAUCUUCAAAUCAUCAGGUUCAAGUAUUUGGCCAGUGUACUUUGAGAUCAAUGAGUUGCCACCAAGUAAAAGGUAAAAAUUAGAGUAAAUUAUUAUUGGUGAAUUGUAAGUGCAUCUUAUUAAACUUUUGGAAUUAUCAUUGUAUUCUCUAUUCACAAUACUAUUUCCGAAAACAUUGCAAAAAAUUAGUUGCCUUGUUGAUGACUGGAAUGACACAUACUGUACAUAUACUUAGUUGAACUGAAUUACAUUGGUUAUUUAACAACAUUUUUCACUACUAUUUUCUGUGAUUGUGCCAAACCAUUAUUUUCAUCAAAGGAUAUUAUUAUAGAGUUCCGUAUCAGACCCUUUUUAAUUUAAAAACUAACUUUCAUUACUCUUACCCUAUUGUUCCUUUUUCUAGGCUGGAAAAAAAGCUCUGACUCUGAUAAAUGUAAAUUCGUAAGUGCAUUUUAAUGUUUUCAUGUUUUAAUUAAUAGGAAACGAUUGGAGAACAUGCUUUUGGGUGGCCUCUGGUUCAGUGACAAAAAACCUGUGAUGUCUACCUUUUUGAAACCUUUCAGAACUUCAUUAGAAGACCUUGAAACAAAAGGUACCUGGAUACAUGGUGUCUCUGAGACAGCUUUAUGUUCAUGUCUAUGUUGUGGCUAACUAAAUUUUUUUAUGGUUUAAAGUUUGUUUGGCCAGGUUGAUUUUUAUUUUCCCUGUUUUAAAAUGUAGUUAUAAAUAUAAGACAAAGGAAAGUAUAGUUUUGAAACUAAAAACAAGUUUCAGCCACAACAUAUAUACACUGUACAUGUACUUAUAUUUAGAGUGUAUAUAAAAUUUUGUAUAAAGUUUUCAAGCAAACUGUACUAGGAAUAAAUGUACGUGAUUUCUCCUGGCCAACUUGUAUGGUAGUGUAUUAUACUGAAUAGAUGCAUAAUUAAGUUUGACAUUAGGAGAAUGUAUCCUAAUCUUGUGCAUCCUGUGCUGCCAAGCGGUGAUCAUUUUCAUUGUUUGCAUGAUUUGUGUACGUUUUUGGUGCCAAGUUGGUGACUACAGAAAACAGUGGUUUAGAAUUUACGGUGACUCUUAACAAUUGUAUUCCCACAAAAUAUCCUAUCAAAUCCACUUUUGAUUACUACUAGAGUUUUUAUAUUAUUGGAAACAUUGAGCCCUGGCCAGUUGAGCUGAGUUCAUUGUCCUGUGUAUGUAAUAUGUGUAGUAGAUGUGGACCCACUGUCCCAACAACAUGAUUAUACAUUAUUUUGUUAUUGUACAAAUAAUUUAAAAUAUACUUUGUUUAUAUACACUUUUAGGACUUGUUAUGGAGAUUCCAGAUAAGGGAAAUUUUACCAGUCAUGUGUUCCUUCUUGGCUCAGUUCUUGAUCUUCCUGCAAGGUGUUCCUUUUUAGAGAUGGUUCAGUACAAUGGCUUUUGCAGCUGCUGUUACUGCAUGGUUUUGGGAAUGUCUUGCAAAUCAAGUGUGAAAGAAGGACACAGGGGAAGAGUUACAGUUUUUCCUUUCAAUUUUGAAUCAAACAAUGGACUUGCUAAAGAACGCACAAAAGAAAGUAUGGUUGCAGAUGGCUUGCAGUUUCUGCAGGGUACAUCAGGAGGAAAACCUGUAAGUUAGUGUACUGUCAUUAAAUGUCAUGAAAUGAUUUAGUCUACUUCAUAUAUACCUUUAUCCUGGGUGUUAGUGUUUGUUUUUUUGUUGUUUUUUUUUCGCACAUUGAAGACCCUACAUUCACAGAGUGUCGAAGUUGUAUUAUACUAUUGUCAUUUUCUAAUGGGGUUUCUGAAUCAUCACAAGAAUUUUCAAUACCUCAAGGAGCCUUAUAAGCAUUAAUUUUUGUAAUUUCACUUAGAUUUAGAAACCUACAUAGAAAACUAUGACUAAUACAUAUGAAACAUUUAACACAAAAAUAAAAUACGAAAUGUACUGUUCUAGUCGACCUUACACUACAGUGUACAGUAGACCUUAGUUUAAUUGACAUCUACAUGUACAUCUAUAAAGUGCACUUUCAUAAUUAUUUGUUUUCUUACAUUUUCUUAGGUAAAUGGGAUGAAAGGUGUUUGCCAGUUUGCAAGCCUUAAACACUAUGAUAUCAGUAAAGGUGUUUGCCUGGAUUACAUGCAUGGGGUCCUGCUGGGAGUUACACGACAAUUGAUGGCCCUGUGGUUUGAUUCAAAACACAAGGACCAACCUUGGUACUGUGGUGAUCGUGUCAGUAUUAUUGAUGAGCGUCUUUGUAGUAUCCAUCCACCCAUGAAUAUCACAAGAACACCCAGACCUAUUGAAACUCAUCGCAAGUAUUUUAAAGGUAUAAUAUCCAUUAAGUCUACAUAUGUGAUAGAUGAGCAUACAGUCGUGUACUGUUUAAAGUAGGCAUGUUUUCUUGUAAUACAUAUACCCUAUGGUUCUUUUUUUUUCACAGCAACCGAAUACCGAAAUUGGCUGUUUUACUACAGCGUUCCUUGCCUGGUUGGUGUUCUUCCCGAUGUUUAUCUUCACCACUUCAUGCUUCUUGCAUUUAGUGUGUGGCUGGUGAAUCAGCAGACUAUUUCACCAGAAGAAGUCAAUCAGAGUGGAAACCUUCUGGCAAAAUUUGUGAUGCUGAUGGAUGCCCUCUAUUGUGAGUAUUUAACUGCUUCAUUUGGGCCUCCAUGCAUUAACUUUUGUUGAGAUCAAUGUAUUUGUCAAUUAAUAAUUAAUUAUUUUGACACCAUGGUGGCUUUUACAGCUAGUGAAAUGGGGUGUUUGCAUUUUUUUUCAGCUGAGCGUCAUAUGACCAUCAAUAUCCAUAAUUUGCUUCACAUACAUGCAUCAGUUCACAAUCUUGGACCACUGUGGGCAAAUUCAACUUUUGACUUUGAGGAUGCAAAUGGGGAGUUAACUGCGCUUUUCCAUGGCACCCAGAACAUAGAUAUGCAGGUGAUCAAAAUAGCAAGAAUCAAUAAUACUGUGCUCAUAAAAUAUAUAUUUGAAAGGUAUCUAAAAGCAAGUCUAAUAAUUAAUUUACUCAUUGAUCAAUAAGAUGUAUGGAAGGAUUCUUUUGAUCUUUUGUAGAUAGCAUCCUCAGUCUCUGCAGUCAAAAUUGCUCCAGACCUUGCGCGGAAAUUGGACAAAGACUCUCCUAGUUACAGUUUGUACAGAAGGAUGAAAUUUGGAAAAGAACAGAAGUAUGUAUGGCAGUAGUAUGUUUCAAAUACUAUAUUGAUUUAGCUUUAAAAUCAAUAACAGUGACGUGUUCAUAGUCCAUAAGACUCAAAAGUAACAUGAUUCUAACCCUGUUAAUACCUUAGUUUAGUUCGUUCUUAUUGGUCGAUAUACAUUAAGCCAUUGGUAAAAAAAAAUUGAUAUGUUUUUUUUUAUGCAUUUAAGGUCAACAAAGCUUGAGGAUGGAGUGCAUUUACUUGGUGCUUUUACUGACUUUGAGGUCCCAGAAACUAUAGAGCAGCAUAUCAAGGAUUUCACUGGAGAUUUGGCUCUGGGAAGAUGCCAGAGUUUUAAGAGGGCAAUCAUUCGUGGUGAAGUAUUUCACUCUAAAUCAUAUGGCCGUGUUUCCAGAAGAAACAGUUACACUGUAACCUAUGAAGACAGUCAGAAGAGGAGGGAAUGUGGUCAAAUACAGUAUUUUGUGAAACAUACACCCAUUUGCCAACGUGCUUGUAUUGCCUUAUGCCAGUGCAACAAAGAUCAACACUUUGCCAUUGUUGUGCACAUGGAACCAUUAAGAGAUUCUAACCUUCUGGAAAAAGCUGGAAUUGAAGGAAUCCAGAAGCAGCUUCAGAUCAUGCAGAAGCCAAGGUACACAAACAUGUCAAAUGUCCUAUCUGUGUUUAAACCAUUGGAUAAAUUAAUUGUGCAGUUAAGUUUUUGCUUUUGGAAAAUCUUUUUUUAAUAUCACACUUACAUACCAAGCAUCAGAAUUUGUUUGAUCCGAUUUCUACCAACCAUCCAGAUAAUGGGUCUCCUAAUAGCUACGGUACAAUUGGGCAGUUGGAGUAUUGAAACAUCAGAACACAAGAUGCGUCAUGUAUUUACUGUUGAUGACUAUAUAACCACUACACUGUCACAAUCAUCUAUUAAUGCAAUAAUAUGUCAAUGCAGCAACUUUGCUAACUUCACAGUGUACGUUGAAAUAAGAACUUGGAUCAAUAGCAUUAUCCAAGGGUACAAAUUAUUGUUUAAGAAAUACAAAUAUACCUGUAUAUAAAUGUAGGUUUUGGUAAUAAAACAAAAGAACUUAAUUACUUUAUGGCUAAAAGAUGGACAGCGAUAUUGAGAUCUUUUGUUUUGUUCCGCAUCUUAAAAAUGGCCUCAUUUUGUAUUUCCUACCUCAUUUUCUUUUUAUUUCUUUCAGAAUGGAAAAUGUUGAUGUCAUCCCAAUCAGGAACAUCUUACAUAAAUGUGUUUUUAUAGAUGUUAAGGAUGCUGAUGAUUGUGUUUAUGUGACCCACUUCCCGAAUUUCAUUGAAACAGACUGAAACAAUUGGAGCUGGAAAUUGUUGUGUGAUACCUUUAAUUAAUGUAAAUAUAUGCAUAUGCAAAAAAAAGUAUGUACAUCAAUAAUUUGGACUAUGACUGAAAAAUAACUCGAUCGGUGCUCAAACUCGCUCUGUGACAUAUAUUGUAAUAUUUAUUAAGUCAAUAAGGCCCCCCGCCCCCCACGUCCCCCCACUGACACUUGCUAGUUUUCUAGGGUUUCAUUUUUUUUAAUACUCCCUUCUGGUGCCAUCAAGUAUGUCACAUGUAUGUUGAGUGGUCCCAAGUGCCUUUUAUGCAUGCACAUUAAUUAAUAUAUAUAUAAUCAUACUGCACUUCUACAUGUAUGUCACAUAUAUGUUAAAUUAUCCUGAAAGAUAUUACAUAUAUGUAACAUAUAUGCAUGGUCAUUUCAAAACUUUUACAUAUAUGUCACAUAUAUGUCUUAUCAUCCUAUGAGAUAUUACAUAUAUGUAACAUAUAUGUAUAGGCACUUCAAAACUUCUACAUAUAUGUCACAUAUAUGUACAGUUAUUUGACAUAUAUAUGUUACAGCUACAUAUACGUCACAUAUAUGCAACAUAUAUGUGGUUUUGGUAAGGGUAUGCAAGUGAAUUGAAAAAGGUUACCAGGUGCAAAGUGGGAAAAAGGUUUAAUUCUUCAUAGAGCUCCUAUACCAGUGCAGGCCUUCUUAAAUAUUAUAUACUCAAUCUGAGUCUCAAAAGUAAGCUUUUCAUCUAAUAAUACUCCCAAACAUUUAUUAGAGGUUACAUGCAAAACAAUAUUAUUGUCAAUGGAUAUAGCAUUAGCUAAAUCUUUACAUAGAUUUAUCAUUUAAGUUAUCUGUCGACCCAAUAAGCAUUAACUUAGUUUUCAAAGGGUGCAAUUGGAGCCUAUUAACUGUCAGCCAAUCAUAAAGGUUUUCUAGAUCAGGAUUAAUAUUAUUAGCAAGAACAUUUGCGUCAGUACUAGAGGCAAAGAUUUGUGUAUCGUCUGCAUAAUUUAUAAACAGGGGGUUUUGAAUGUGAUGUUCAGCAUUCUGAGGGAUAUCAAAUCUUAAAUCCAUGUGCAGAACAUAAAAAGCAAACUUUGAAGGUCAUUAUGAUUUGACCAUGCUGCAAGUUUCAAACGUUAGCAAUUUCAGCUAAGGGGGACCUCUUUAGCCCUGAGGGGGAGGGGGGGUUUGGGGUUACUCCUUAGGAUGGCCUGUCAAAGAAGCUACAUGUAUGCCCAAUGGGGUACUUUCAGUCAGACUUUAAAAGUGUAGGAAAAUUUGUUAUUUAAUUACUUAAAGCUAAAAUGUUUUGAACUGAGUGUAGCUUGAAUCAAUUUAAUUCAUCAAAUGGUACAUAAAACAACAAGAAUACAUUCUGUUAGUAGGUUUGUGAACGAGACAACAUUUCCCAGUGAAAGGUACAUAAAAGAAGCACCUUUCCAUCAAAAAAGGUAUACAAAAGGCUAAGGAUUGAACCUUAGGACAGAGCCUGUAUGAAUUAUUGUUGAAUAGCCCCUAACCCCCAGCCUUCGUACCCAUACCCCCUGAAAAGCUAUUGCUCUUUCCCCGAAUAAGUGUCCAUAAUAAUUAUUAUUGUAAAAACUUGGUUUACAGACCCAGACCAGCAAAAGAACAGGACCAAGUAAAUAAAAAACAAAAAAAAAAAAAAAUGCUAACAAAGAUGAAAGCUAAGCGUUAAUAGGCUCACUAAAAUACUGGAUGGCCUGAAAGAUAUUGCAAGUUAGCGUGCUUCUACAGAAAGGUUCUGAAACUGUGCAUUUAAAAAUGUAUUUAGUGAAAUACAAAUCUCUCAGGGAGAGGAGAUGAAAGUUAAUUUUUUUUUAAUUAUUUAAGCCAAAAUACCACUCAGCCACACAGUAGUGUGGCUGAGUGGUCAUUGCCUUGGACUCGCAAUCCAGCAGUCCUCACUGGGGUUCAAAUUCCUCUCUGACCACUUGCUGGGUUUGUUGUCAGUCAUCCCGAGUUCAACAUCCUCUGCCACGCUUGUGUGUAAAUAGCCACUGGUUACCUCCUGCCAGUUGAGUUUUUUUAAUCCUACCAUUAUGUUCCGUUUGGGUUAUUUCUUGCUAUAAAUCAUUUGAGUGAGGUGCCUGUAGACUAGCUGGACAGUUUAAACACUGUGUGACAACAGGAGGGCAUUUUGCAGGUGCAUGCGUGCAUCUGCUGAACGUCAAUAGCGUGGGCGCCUCAAAUCUGAUAGCGGGAAAUCGAAAAAACUCGCGUAAAGGUACGGUUCUUUUAAAAGCCAUUUGGUUGGUGCUUUGAUUACCGUACUUUCCUACAAAAAAUUUCUCCGUGACGAAAAUGGGACGCUUUCUACGCGGGUUUUUCACUUGUAGAUUUUUCAGCAGUAGGUUUUCUUGGCCCUUUAAAGACUUUCAAGACUCAACGCCAAAAAGUCAUGUUCCUUUAUAAGUCGGGCUUUCACUGGCAAGGCAUUACAUUUCUAUGAUUUGAUUUCCAAACUCGUGGUUUUACUUAUCAGGGAGGAAAUGCAUCGUAGCAAUGUUCAGCUGCUUUAAGACUAAACGGCGAAAAAAACUUUACCACGCGAGGUUUAUUUAUUAGCGCGAUGUCUCAUGUUAAACUGAUCACGGAGACACGCGUUUAUAUAUGCCACAAAAACAUGAAAUCUAUGGGAUUUUUUACAGUUUUUCGAAAGUUUUUGCGGAAAAUUUUAUAAAAAAUAUUCUACAGGAAAUGAAGAAUGGAUUGAGUUUGAGACAGCAACAAUUACAAGUGAUUAUGUACUACAUAAUCACUUGAGCAUUUCAUAAGCUCAGUUGCAGACAAAACGAAUGCACAUACCCCGAAAAAACGAACAAUACUUUUAUUUUUCUUUAACUCUAAAAGAUACAGAGAUUUUUCCCGAGCUACUAUUUUGAAGCGACUCUUGAGUAACAACUCCUGUGUUCCACAAUCGAUUUCUUGUUAUUAAUUUAUAUUUGAUGACAGUAGUGAUCCGUUCAAAACAGAGAAUGGCCAUCACUCCAUAAAUGUAACUGACGAUGUUGUUCACCUUCAAAUCCUGUUUAAACGUAAGACAGGAAGUUUGUUUAAAAAGGGGUGCAUAUAAUUCUGUUCCCUCAAAAAAUAAAUACUACUGCUAGAGGACCCAAAUGAGCUGGAAUGCGACAACAAACAUGACACAAAUAGAUGGAUGAAUUUAUCUGUUAUUAAUGUUUCUGUUGGGAGCUUUUUACUGUAUCCAGAUGAACCCCUUAUGUAAGUUGCACAUCAUGGAAGAAUUAUCAAGCAGAAACUGAUGUAUUGAACAAGAAUGUGGUUCAAUACAGAGGAGAAGCUGGUCUCAUUCAACAUCCUUUGUGAAUGAAAUGUCUCACAAAUUAGCAUACUGUCAACAAAUGUAGUAUCCACAAAAUGGUAUCAUUUAGGAAUAAACCCAAUUUUUUUGCAACAGAAGCCACGAUUUAUUUAAAAGGUGUAUUGAUAACGUUUCAUUUCGUUUCAUUUCUUACUCGCAUCAUUAUAUUGAUUUGAAUUUAUAGUUGAAGUGCGUGUAUUUUAUUUCUCAACGAAGACGUACCGGUGAAGAAGGCUAAAAUUACUGCAGAAGGCGAUUUUUCACAGCCUUCAUCAAAGCACCAUUCAUUCGCGGAAGUGUUCUUAGUUUCAUUAAUCAUUAACCUAAUUUGGGGAGAAAGGCAAGAUUUCGAGAUAAACAAGCCAGCGAAAGGGUGAAAAAAAGUUUCACGGCAGAAUGGACACUUAAUUAACCUCUGUAUUCCGAAACGAUUAAGUUCGAUUUUAGAGUUAUACUAUUGAGAAGAAUUAAGUAUCUAUAGGAUAACUGUUUAACGCAAAAAUUAUCAUACUGACCUUUUUCUCCUGCUCAAAAAAUGUGCGCGAAAUGUUAGUUCGUAAGAACAUUCAGCCGCCAUCUUGUCUUCGAUGUACUGUUUUACGAAAGGAAGGACUGUCCCCUCAACGGCGACAGCGAGGGUACAAUAAACUCACUUUCAUCGUAGAAAUACUACGAUACGUUGAAGAACACGUUUGUGGAACGUAACACCCAAUACACGUCAUUCAGCUCCAGAAAACAGCCCGCAAAUGCUGGUACUGAAUGUAAACAAUUCACAGAAAAUGCUUCUGUGGCACUUCUUAUGGCACUUCAACAGCCCAUAUUGACGCGUGCGCAUACAAAAUGCCCUCCUGUUCUGUGUGACUACUCUAACCAGGGCCACUUAGACAAAGUUGACCAUUCGGAUUACAGGAAAGUAACAGUACAUUCCAAGAAAGUUGGUUGUGGACCAAUCACCCCUCUCCCCCCCCCGCCCCCCUCUCUUCCCCCUUCCACCCCGAAAAAGGAGGAUAAUCGUAUAACGGUUCAAAUAGGAGUGGUAAGGACUAUAAAAACACGUUGGAAACAGAACAAAGUAACAUGGAAGCAUGACAUGUAUGUUGUACCAAUUAGAUGAUCUGACAAAUGUAAAAUAAAAGCGUUUUAAAAAAUGAGGUGGAUUGAUUCUGAUAAUAAUGAUGGUGAUGGGCGAGUAAUCACAAUGAUGAGAACAAUGACCAAUAAAAUGGGAAUGAAAACAGUACAUAUGCGGUUCGGUUGAUGAUGAUGAUGUUAAGAUUGAGUGCGUUACUUCACAAAGUAAAGGACAUUGAGUUUUUAGCACAUUGAGGUAAUAGCACUUGGUUAUUAAGGCUUGUCAAUAAAGUUACGAAUGCUUAAUCUUUUAAGUAGAAUUUAAAAAAAAAGGAAAAAGAUUUUGCAGCCCCACUUCCUGCCUUCGAAAAUUUUUUACACUCCCUCCUUUUUCUUUAAAAAGAAUUUUCAGAUUCCCUCUCAAAAUCCUCUGCCCAUUCCCCCCCCCGCCCCGCUCCACCCUCGUGGUAAACACAACGAAUGCAACCUAAAGACGAUGUGAAGGGCUUUACUUGAGUAGGAGUGAAAGAGAGGGACGGUAGAGAAAUAGCAAAAUUCCAUAUGAUAGCUCCCCUAGAAUUUACGGUACCAGGAUUAUUUUCCUUUUAUGUUUCUUUGUCGUUGAAAUUCUAAGCUUCAAAAUCCUAUUCCAAAAAGUUUAUCAGUAUAUAGCCUGCGAGCAGGCUGACUUGUGUGAGUUUGGGGGAAUUUUGCUCACCUGCCUUGCUUCUAUUGGCUAGUAUCUUGACACCUCGAAAGGGGCGAAAUUCAAAAAUCAACAGCCCGCGGACAGUCUAGCCCGCGUGCAGGCGCUGGCGGUUCCGCCUAUUUCUGGCGCCAAAAUUUCCCCUUAACUGGCGCAAGUGUGUCUGCUCGCAAGCCAGUUUAUAUAUGGAGGUGUAAGCCAGUUACUGGUUAAUUUAGAUAUUCAGGUGCGGUUCUCUAUAAUAAUUUACCCACAUCAAUAAAAGACACUACAUUUUCCUUUUUUAAGAACUUUCUUAGACUUCAUUUUAGCCAUUAGUUUUCCUUAUUAUUGGAUAUACCUAGGUAACUUACGGUAGCGCAUUUACUCGUUUUAAUCUUAAAAAAAUUGUGAUUUUUAUGAAGAUUUGUAUUUUCCCUUGUAUUCACUUGCUAAAAUCCUUGUACAUGAUUUUUAGGUAAUUCUUUAUUUUGAAAUUUUAAUUUCAUGUAGUCUUAAUUAACCCAGGGCCCCUUUUGAUACCAGCCAGUGGGUGAUAUGGCCGAUCUGCCUAAAUUAAGUUGACUUAACUUGACUUGUCUUGUUUCAGAAGUCGAUUAAAUCACCUUAGAAAGGGUGGAAUUCCAGGAACAAAAGAAGAGUUCAGACUCAUGUAUGAAGAAUGGGCAAUUGACUAUGAUAAGGUAUGUAUGCAAAACGUUUAGAUACAGUAGGAACCCUGUAACUGGAACUCCCCGCUAACUGGAACUAAGUCUCAUUUCCCUUGGAUUUGACCCUGAGACUACGAUAAAUGAUCGAGAGGUUUCUUAAGUAUGAAUUUCCAGUUAAAGUUACCGAUAAGAAAUUAAACAACGUUUCCUCGUAAAAAUGUCUGCUUAUUAUAAGUCUUUAACUCUAUGAAACAUGUCUAUGACGUUUUUUUUUUCUGAGAGCCCGCUUGAUACGAACACCCAGACUCGUACUCAGUCGUUAUUUAUGUGUUUUUGCGGUGAAAUGUGGGUUUAGGCGCGCGGAGACUCAUGGGAAGGGACAAAGUGAAAAGUCUCCGCGCGCCUCAACCUAACCCCAAUCUUCUCUCACCCCCAAAACACAUAAAUAGCAACUGGGUACUAGUCUGACGAACACCCGGAUAAUACAGUACAUUAUGGGAUGUCCUCUUGGCGGUUUCGCAUUAACCGGGUUCCACUGUCCUAUACUUGACCAGUGACCAAAGUGACGUUUGCCUGCGUGCAUUAUCUUUCAGGAUAUUUUGUGCGAUUUCGCAUACAAAUUAUGCAAGCCCAUGACUACAAUGUUUGAUGCAGCAUUGAAAACCUGCACAAAGAAAAGAAGGCAAGAUAUAAAAAUUAACGACGUAGCGGCUGGUAUAUAUUUAAAAGGCCUCGAGCUUCACAAAAUGGGCUACACCAAUUUACACGCACUGGAUAGUUGAUAAAAAAUGCUUAAUGAAGCAAGAAAGAAGGGGAUUUACACGCAGUUCUUCUGCCUUCCAAUCGACGAUCAGCGGAUUUUAGAGACAAACACAGGAGAUUAUGACGCCCGUAUCUGUGUCAACGGGUUUGGAACGAAAUAAUCACAUUCUUCCUUCGGCUUUGGCAGAAAUGUGUCGAAUUGUUGUGAAAGGUGAGCUGCUAGUUUAUAGUCAUUGAUAUAAUUAAGUAGCACUUUAGUCAUGGUAAAGUUAAUGGUGCCAUGCUGGCGGCGGAGAGCAAGGGACGGACACCGGGCCCAAGACCAACACAGCGCUCUGGCAAAUAUGUACAAUUAUAUUAAUUUCGUUUGUUUGUCUUCUCUCAGUGCGUCUAGCUCUUGCUCACGAGCUUGAUGGUUUUGUACCACGUGAGUGACGAGCUUCAGAGAACUACUACGUUUAUGAAAAACGGCAAAACACAGAGCUGACCACGUGCUCAAUUUUUCCCGCCUUUUUAUUUUUCGUUUUCUGUCUUCAACGAAAAAAGUUUUUGAUUUCACGGACACAGUAGGGAUCGUAAUGAGGCAGUCUGAAAAUUGCAUACUAAAUAAUAAACACACUGCUGAGGGACACUGGUCUGGAGAACGUUCGGGAUCUUGAAAUGUGUACUAGAGAUCGAGCCUUAUGAGGUCAGUUUUCUUCCCGUCGUCUUCUAGGCGUCGACCGGAAGUAAGUAAGUAGGGUCGUAUGCUUAAAUAUAAUGCUGUUUUACUUCUAGCCUGCCUUGUAGACGGCCCUCGCAUCGUCUAAACCAGUUGUAAAGUCCGUCUGCAAAUUAGGGCACCGGAGCAAGAAAAACCUCUGGUUUUCAAGCUGACUCUAAGGUCACGUUGAACACUAUCACGAGCUCAAUCUUUCUUGCCACGAGCUUUAAGUCGUGAUUAGCCUGUCAAAACUUAAUUCAGAUCGGACUAAUCAGAAACUGCUUAUGAAACUAGCCAAUCAAAACGGCAGAUAUAUGUACUUGCGACUCUGCGGGAUUCCAACGCGAUAUUGUUCACUAAUUCGCAGACGCUCUAUGCAGAAAACUUUGAGUGUCUGAGUCGCAGGCUCUUUAAUACUUCACGCUGCGCAUGACUGAAUUCAAUUCUUUCAAUUAAAUGUAUUGUGGGUGAUGAUAGUAAAAGGGAGUGUAAGCUGACUGUCCGUAAACACUGUAUCAGUAGGAAUGAUCGUGCUCGCUGGAUGGCAUAACGCUCUAUCAAAGAAUUCGUUUAGAAACUGAGGUCAGUACGGUAUAGACCACACUUAAGCACAAGACGCGCUGCGCUGAUUACCGACGGCCAACGUCCGUCAAGGGCAAGCAACAGUUUGCUGAUGUCGGUGUAGUUGCUUAACCAUUUUAUUUUAAUCCGCAGUUAUGGCCAUUUACAUGGAGUCAUUUCAAUUUGCGAGGCUCAGUUACGUUUUCAGAACUUGCUCUUCCAAUUCAUGGGAGAGAUUUUGAGUAAAAAAUCUUUUUAGUCUGACACUUGAUGUCAGUUUUAUCCUGUGUCAGUCAACAUUGUCCGACGUAGUGAUCAACUCAGAAUUCCUUAACUAGUAGAAGACACAAUUAAAGAGUCAUAUAGGAUCGGGAACCAGGAAAGACACAAAAGAAGAUGAAAUACACUGUAGUAGGGGGGCCAGGUUAUCCGGACCUUGAGUUAAGGGGGGAGGGGAAGGAUGUCUGCUCCGUAAAAAACGUUUUUAUCCCUCGGGGCCUUUGGUUGAUCUAAAAAUAAGGGGGUGGGUCUCCCAGGCCCCGGCCCCUAGUUCCUCCACUGGAUAGCGUUUUAUCCCUUUCACUUGAAAAGUUGACCAAAGUCAAAAUUCAACUGAAUAAUUUCGUUUUGUAAAAUACUGAAUAAAACAAAUUCUUACCACGUGGAAGUAUUGCCAAAUGGGUUUGAUUUGAAUGGUCUCAGGAUAUUUUGUACCGACUCGAACGGUAGAACCAAAACUUGACCCUUAAGACCUCUAAUCUAUUUUGUAUUUUACUUUCUGUUAGGGGGUCUUCUUUGCUUUGAUAUCAGAGAGCAGUGUAUGGAGGAAUGGGAAGAUAAACUGAAGGAGUUGGAAGUGAAAGGAAUUUGGGAAACUGUUACAAAAGAAAACUUGUCAGUGGACGACAAUGAUAAGACAAACGCGUUUGUGUUUAAGCUCCUGUGAAAAAAUAUUGACAAUAGAACUUUAUAAUGUAAGUAAAUAUACAUGUAACUGGAUUUUAUGUAUUAGAUACGCAUUGUUAUUUGCAAGGGCGUUAAAUGAGGUGGUAUAUGAUAAGGGAUGUGAUGGUGAAGUUUGAGCCCGGUGAAUUCAUCGCGUAUAAUUCCCAGUCCGUUGA